AUGUUGUUCAUCAAAGCUAUUAACCUUGCGCUUUUGGAUGCCAUAAUCGACGGUUCUCUCGUUCCUUCAAGGAAUCGAUUGAAAUGGACAAGUGAAUAUAUGAAGCUUGCCCAACUCAAUGUUAAAGCCAUACACAUCCUUUAUUGUGCACUUGUCUUGGAUGAAUAUAGUAGAGUAUUUUCAUGCUCUAACACUAAGGAUAUAUGGGACAAGUUGGAGGUGGCCCAUGAAAGAACAAGCCAAGUGAAGAAGUCAAAGAUUGGUAUCCUUACUCUCAACUAUAAUAACUUCAAGAUGAAGCCCGAUGAGGACACUAAGAAGAUGUCUGAUCGGUUCACUUAUUCAUCAAUGAAUUGA